AUUUAAAUGGAGAAGAGACCAGUGCUUGUAAAAAAGAAUUAUAGUAAUGAUUCUAUUAACUAUACACAUCUCUGAACUGAAAUGAACAAGAUCGAGUUUGAGAUAGUUUUAGCCAAGAACGAAGGGCACUGAGAGAUCCUCCAGAUUAAUGACCAGAAACAAAUGAGUCAGCACCUCAUCUACGAAAUUCCUUCCAAAGUGGUAGUUCCUCUAAAAAUGGCUGGCUUAGGUGAGAGACAGACAUAUACUCUUGAAAUGGAUGGAAAUCUUAGAAUAUUUGAAAUACUAUUCCAGUUCUAUGAGUCUUCAUUAAUCUACAAAAUGUCUUCCAGUCAUCACUUUAAUGAUAGCACUUUGAUUGAAGACUUAGUUCUUGUUAUCCAGAUUUCAGAGCUUCUUGACCUUAACCAAAUAGUUGAUGAUCUCUUAGUAAAUACUCUUGACCCAAAUGUGAGUGAGAAAAACUGCCUAUACUUAGUGGAUAAAUUCUAUUAUUUGCUCAACAGUAGGCAGCUUGGAGAUACAAGUGGGAUAUUCUUUGAGUCGUUUGCUAAAAUUCUUGACUUUUGCUCCUUUAACUUGAAGCACUUACUAAAACAUUGCAGAGAGACAUGAAAUCAGAUUUUUCAUCACAAGCCAGAUUUAAUGAGAACUAUUAUUGAGAAAUGAAUAAUAUUCCAUAUCUCUGAUUCUUAUUUUAACAGUUCAUCAAUCAUAGAUUUUAUGAUUAAAGAAGGAGAUUAUGCGUCUCCUUUUGAACUUCUUGAAACAGAGAGAGAAACUGCAAUAGAAGCUGAAAAUGAGUACUUAUCGUCAAACCCAGGAAUCAAGCCCUCUUUAACUUGGAAUCUUACUGAGCUGAGAAGAUUCAUUAUGAAAGAUACAGAGCCAUUUCAGAUAGACAAAGCUUUAUGGAUCUUAUCCAUAUCUUAUAUUCCUCCACAGGAUGAAACGAUUAAUGUGACUUUUACAAUGAAACCUCCUGAGAUGAACAGUUUGGGGUAUCCAAAGAACACCAUUAUCUCAGUUUGAACCAGCACAUUUCAGGACCCAUCAUAUUCCCCAGUUGUUCUGCAUUCUUUAGUUUCCAAUUUGAAAUCAUCUAAAAUGCUACAGAAACUUCCAUCAGGAAUCCUUGAAGAAGGAGAUAGUCUCAAGAUAGAUGCCUAUUUUAAAGUUAAAUACCUCCACAGUGCAGUGAUGAAUUACAUAAGUCGGGAAUUCUCAAAAUUGUGCAUGAACAAUUCUAUAAAAUUACUCUUGCAGGAUGAACUAAAGUGUUUGCUUUCGAAUUGUACUGAUAAUGAUACCAGACUCUACGCAAUAGCUCAGUGGACUUAUUACAACGGGAAUGAAUCUUCAUAUAAUUUCCUGUGCAACCUUGAUUUAUGAGAAGUCAGUAUCAAAUGUCUCCUCUCAGUCGUCAGAGAUUACCCUAAUAUGAGAGAGGACGAAGCUUUCAGAGAAAGAUUGUAUGAUAUCGGGCAACAAAGCGAAGAGAAGACUUCCUCAUUUAUAAAAAGAUUUUGAAAUGACCUUUCCUUUUAUGACACCGAAGAUGUGAAGGAUAUUGACCCUUAUAUGGUAAAACGUCCUGAAAUAGGAACAACAAGCAGAAGAUAUAUGAACAGUAUAAGAUAUAAGAAGAAAACUAAAGAGAAGGAAGUCUCAGAGAUUAACUGAGAAGGCCAAUCAAUUAAGGCUUCUAUUAAAAAGAAAAUCAACGAAAAGAACAAAGAACUUAGUGAAAUCGAUAAGAACAUCUCCAUAAUAGAAAAGUAUCUCCAAAUUCAGCAAGAUUGCUAAUUCAACCCCAAAAAAUUGCUCACAAAUAUUAAAAAACCUAUUAAUUAUUAAAUUUUGCAAG